AUGUCUUUUGCACCACCACCUGAUGCUCCACCAUAUCCGGCAACACCGGAUCAGGAAAAUCAAGAUGAAGAAACAUCUACAGCUGCUUAUGCUGAAAUAUUGUCAUUUCAAUGGUGUUUUGGUUUUAAUAAAGAUUUACCCGUACUUAAUUUAUCAAUAAAUAAAACGAAAAAAAUCUUUUUUGUUUCGGCUCAAAUUGGUGUUAUGUAUGAUUUUGCUAAUAACCGACAACAAUUAUUAAUUGGACAUAGAAAUAAUAUAACAUGCUGUUGUGUUAGUCAUGAUAAACGUUGGUUAUGUACAGCUGAUAGUGGUCGAGAUUGUACAAUUAUCAUCUGGGAUACAAUUACUGGAUUACCAAAUCAAACUUAUUUCGAUGUACUUAAUGGUACAGGUACAGUUGCAUUCAGUACUGAUGCAAAAUAUUUAGCUACAUUGAGUCAACAAAGUCCACAAAUUAUAUCGAUAUGGGAUUGGACAGCUGAAAAUGAUAAACCAUUAUGUGCAUUAGAAUUAAAACGUGAAUAUUCGAAUCAACAUUAUUUACAAUUUAAUCCACGUCAAUCAACACAAUUAGUAUCAAAUUCAUCAACACAAGUACUUUUUUUUGAAUGGUCAAAUGAUUAUGGUUUAAUUUGUUUUGAUCCAGAUUUAUCAGAAAGAACAUUUGAUAUAUCUCGUGAAAAAUUAGGUUAUAUAACACAAUCAGUUUUUCUUGUUCAUCCAACACAAGUUGUAACGGGUACAACAACAGGAAAACUUGUUCUUUGGGAUUGUAAAGCAUAUCGAGAUAAAUUAGAAAUGAUUAAAAAACAAAAACAAUUAAAUAAAACUAAACAAAUUGAAUAUUCGAAUCAAUCAACAAAGAUAAUGGAUAAAAAAGAAUUAACAAAUGAUACAAUGAAAUCACCAGCUGAUAGAGAAUUAACACGUGAUACAUUAAAAUCAUCAGGAUCAACACGUAGUGGUACUUUAUCAUCAAGAAAAUCUUCAGGAAAAACACUUCAAGAAGAUGAUGAUUAUAAUAAUCAAAAACAAGUAUCAUUCAAUGAACAACAACAAAUCGAAAAUAUUAAUGAGAAUGAUGAAUUAUCAGGUGAUUCUCCUAUGAAUAAACAACCAUUAAAAUUAUGUGAACCACAAAAAAAACCGAUUACUGUAUUAAUGACAACUGGAGAUCUGGUAGUAACAGGUGAUAGUGAAGGUACAAUUCGUUUUUUUGAUCAAGAACUUAAAUUACGUAUGUGGUUUGAACAUUUUCGAAUUGGUCCUGUUCAAUCAAUCUCAUUUACAUAUACAACAUCAGAUUAUACCCCACCACCAUUAUCAUCAAGUUUAAAUUUUAAACAAAAUGAAUCAACAUUACAACAACCACCAUUUUCAAUACUUGAUUUUACAUUAUCAUCAUCACAAGCUGUUAUUGCACAUGUAACACAUUCAGGUCAACAAGUAUCAAUUGUAAAACGUGAUUCACCAACAGCUAUUUAUGCAUUAGAUACACAUCCAUUUGAACAUAAAUUAUGUUUUGCUAAUGCAUCUGGUCGUUUACAAUUAUGGGAUUAUGAACAAAAACAAGUUAUAACAACUGUUCAUCGUAUACAAGAUAAUGCUAUAACACAAUUACGUUAUAAUCAUAGUGCAAAUUAUAUUGCUGUUGGUUAUGCAGAUGGCAAAUUAACAAUAUGUGAUGCGCUAUCAUUAGAAAGUGUUCUUCAAGCACCAUUUCAUUAUGCUAAAGCAGCUAUUCAUCUUAUUGAAUUUUCAAAUACAUCAGAUUAUUUAGCAACAGCGGAAGAAGAUUUUACAAUAUCUGUUUAUCGACAAAAUUUAAAUAGUGAAGAAAUCUAUACAUUUCUUGGUCGUUAUCGGGCACAUUAUAAACCUAUCCGAGCAUUAUUUUUUGGUUUUACAAUUGAUGAUAAUCAACCAAUAUUAACUGCAGUAGGUGCUGAUCGUAUUUUAGCUGAAUAUGAUUUAAAUGAAAGUGAAAUUGAUCAUCUUGUUUUAAAACCAUCAACACGUAUUGAACAAAUAGCUGAACCAAUGUCUGCAUGUUAUUAUCCAGCAUCAUUAACACAAGAAUCAUUUCUUGUUACAGUUAAUAAUGAAUAUAAAUAUAAAUUAUAUAAUGCUGAUACAAAAAUGUGUCGUAAAACAAUCUUAGGUCCAACAUUUGGUUCACCAAUACGUAAAAUUGGAAUACUUCCUAAAUUAGAUGAAAAUUCCAAUGAAGAAUAUGUUUAUUUUAUGACAACUGAUAAAAUUGGUCUUCAACGUUUACCAUUAACUGGAAAUCCAUUUGAUCAAAUGGCUAUAAUAGCACAUCCAAAUCGUGUUAGUGAUAUACGUGCAAGUUAUGAUGGAAAAUAUUUAUUUACAAGUGGCGGACUUGAUAAUUGUGUUCAUAUGUUAAGUGUUAAUCCACAAGUUCUACAAGCACAAGCACAAUUAGGUGGAAAAGAUUUAAUACCAUUUUAUAAAUUAUUAGAAGGUGGACGUGAAGGAGAAAUCUUUCGAGAAAUGCAAGAAUUAUUUUAUUAUAGUCAAUUAAGAUAUCAAGAUAUUCAUCGAUUUGAUCGUCGUGAAAUAUCAGCAAAAAUUCCAUUAAGUGAAAUUCCGUUUGUUAUGCGAGCAUUAGGUUAUUAUCCAACUGAACAAGAAAUUGAAGAAAUGAUUAAUGAAGUUAAAUUUAGUACAUACAUUGAUACAAAAACAUAUGUUGAAGAUAUUGAUCUAAAUGAUUUUAUUAAAUUAUAUAUAAAUCAUCGACCAGCAUUUGGUCUUAAUCCAGCUGAUUUAACUCAUGCAUUCAAUGUUCUUUCUGAUCAAUUAAAUUCAAAUAAUGGUCAACCAGAAAUCUAUCGUGAAAAUCUUUUAUGUCUUUUACAACAAUAUGGUGAACAUAUUAAUGAUUAUGAAAUGGCUGAAUGUUUAGCUAAUUUACUUAAUUUAAAUCAUGAAACAACAGAAAUGUUUGAUACAAUGAAUGCGGAUGAUGCUUGUGCAUUUAUUGAAAAUCAAUUACCAGAACAAGUUACAAUACAAAAAUUUAUGGAAGAUUUAUUAAAAAUGCCAACACAAUAUGUUGAUCAAGUAAUGUAUGCUGUUAAAGCUCAACAACGACGACGUUCAUCAUUAUUUGAUUCAAAAGAUAAGAAAAGAAAAAGUUCAAUUGAACGACCACAACGUUAUCGUUCAUCUAUGACACCAACAACACAACGUACAGCAUCACCUACAAAUGAUAUUUAA